AUGGAAGAUAAGAAAUUAUAUACAAUCAUAAUUUCAAUAUUGUUGUUUUUAUCGACUGCAAUGUUGGUUAUGAAUCUACUGACACCUGUCUACUCGAUAAAGUAUCACCAGCACUAUUCAUUCAAUGGAUCGGAGGAGCAUAACUACAACUAUAAGUAUUUCUAUAAUUUCGCAUACGAAGAGAUCACCCUCAAGUCGAGUGCUAGUGCCAACGAUACACAUGUCUUCAAGGAGAAGUCGCCAUGGCCACGUGUCAACUACAUUCUCAUCUCCACCGGUGUCACCCAGAUUGUCGGUAUCAUCGUUCUCAUUGGCUAUGGAUUCUUUGUGACACCGUUCAAUCAUAAUUCCAACCUGAGAAUGCACCAAACCGUUGCAAUGGUCUGCCUGGUUGCAGCGCUACUCUUCACAUUCGUCUCACUCGUUCCCUACGGUGGAAUGUCCUACGCCUUCCGUUACUCCAACAAACUCGGAACCGACCAUACCUGUAUAAUGAAUAACAAAUAUAUUCACCAAUGUAAAAGUUUAUCUGGAAAAGUUCAUCAUUCACCAAAGUAUGUAUCAUAUAGUUGGGGAUAUGACUUUGGUUGGUGGAUGGAGUUGUUUGCUUUCAUUAUGAUGAUAGCUAUCGUUCCAUUCAAUUGCAAAUUAAACAAGAGAUUAAACUCUGGUAUCGAUAUCAUUCAAAUUCCAAAUGACCUUGGAAAGGAAGAGGACUCAGAAUAUGAUCAAUUCGUAUUAGGAUUGAACAAAGAUAAAAUUUAUUCAAUUGAUGACAAUUAA